AUGGCAGCUUCGAGAUUGGAUCGAUUGGUCACUCUACUCGAAACCGGAAGCACGCAACUCAUCCGGAACACUGCUGCACAACAACUUGCCGACGUCCAAAAGAACCAUCCGGAUGAGCUGUUCAAUCUCCUGACCCGGGUCGUGCCUUACCUUCGAUCGCCGUCGUGGGAUACAAGAACGGCAGCUGCAAAAGCGAUCGGCGGCAUUGUCGAGCAUGCGGAGCUGUACGACCCGAAUGCGACUUUGGAUGAUGUCAAAGAUGAAUCGAACGGUAUCGCCAUCAAGCAGGAGGGCGUCGAAGCAAUCGUCCACCCGGAUCAGUUACAUCUCGCCACUCUCGAUGUCGAGUCGAUUUUGACGAACGGCAAGGAGCUUCUUGGCAGCGCCGGAAAGCAAUAUGACUUCAAUCUUGCCGGUCUCAAUCCGGCGGAGCGUCUUGCUCACCAGAAGAAGACGUUGACUGCUCGGCUUGGACUCGGAGGCGAGUAUAUCGAAGAGGACCUUGUCACUGAAAAGGACAUUGCGAUAAGGACAUCUUCAUUCCAGGUGCCCAGCUUACCGAAACUGGAAACGAGUGUGACGAAGGCCCCUGACAUCGACAUGUUCAUGAAGUCGCCCGAAGACAUGCCGCAGACGCCUGCAGUGGGUGAGAUGAGCAAGCGCCAGCUCAACAUGCUGAAACGACGUCGGAAAGAGGAGCUGAAACGCGACAACAAGAAGUUCAAGUAUGAUUUUGCAGGACGCAGGAAUAGUACCCAAACGCCCAUCGACCCCGAUGUCAAGCAAGAAAUCAAGGAGGAGCUCAACGCCAACGGCCGCGCUGACUACUUCUCGCUGGAGCGGAAAGGUACUGACGAUGAUUCGAAGGUCGUCUCUGAGUUCAAGGGACUGCCUGCGCAGGAUAAGUCGACGCUACUGACUGAGGCCGAAGAGGAAGGCAAUGAAUGGCCUUACGAGCGACUCUGCGAGUUUCUGACCGUCGAUUUGUUCGACUCGCAAUGGGAGAUACGUCACGGUGCGGCUAUGGGUCUCCGUGAGAUCAUCCGUGUGCAUGGCAAUGGCGCUGGUCGCCGGGCUAAGAAGACACGACCGGAGAAUGACCGACUCAAUGGCGCUUGGCUGGAUGACUUGGCUUGCCGCAUAUGUUGCGUCUUUAUGCUCGAUCGGUUUGCCGAUUACGUUUCCGACAACGCCGUGGCGCCUAUUCGAGAAACUGCAGGCCAGGUGCUCGGUGCAGUACUGCAAUAUCUGCCUCCCACUUCCGUCCACGAAGUGAACCGCAUACUCUACCGGCUGGUAAUGCAGAAGGAUCUGAAAGUGUCGAGGCGUAUCUGGCAUGCUUGUCAUGGUGGCAUGAUCGGGAUGCGGUAUCUGGUCGCUGUCCGAACCGACCUGCUCUUCCAAGACCGCUCGCUCAUGGACGGCGUGCUCGAAUGCGUCAUCAAAGGUCUUGGUGAUGCAGACGACGAUGUCCGCUCAGUCAGCGCUGCGACGCUCAUACCCGUGGCGAAAGAGUUCGUCAAUGUGAGGUCGAACGAGCUGGGCCAUCUUGUCAACGUGGUUUGGGAGUGCUUGUCAAGUCUGAGCGACGACCUGAGCGCCAGCACUGGUUCGGUGAUGGACCUGCUCGCUAAGCUUUGCAGCUUCCCGGAAGUGCUUGAAGCCAUGAAGCGGAAUGCAGAUCUCGACCCGGAUCAAUCUUUCACGGAGCUGGUGCCUCGUCUGUACCCAUUUCUAAGACAUACUAUCACCGGCGUUCGCCUGGCCGUCUUGCGGGCUUUGCUCACGUUUGUCAGCAUCGAAGGCGCCGACACCAAAGGCUGGAUCAAUGGCAAAGCUCUCCGUCUCGUGUACCAGAACCUGCUCGUCGAACGCAAUGACGGAGUACUGAAACUGUCGCUCGAAGUCUGGAAUGCGCUUGCAGAUGCUUUGGUGAGCAGAGGUCAGGAAUUUUUCAGACAGGAAUUUGAGGCUCAUGUCAACCCUCUCAUAACGCUUACCUUGUCGCCCAUGGGAAUUAGCAGGCAUCCACUCCCGUUAGACGCCACCCUCUUCAUCAGGCCUUCGGGUCAGACGUACGGACCAUUGGCGAGCGCGCAUCGUACUGCCUCCCCUGGCGGCAUGGAACCCGCCAAGAAGCGCAGAAAGUCCGACAAGAAGGAGCCUGUGGUCACGCCGGCACCUGCCACUACAUCUCAUAAUAUCGAUGCGGCAAUCAUGCAAGGCGACGUAGACCUUGUUGGUGCAGAUGUCAUAAUCAGAACUAGGAUUGCCGCAACCCGCGCGCUGGGCAAGGCGAUCGCACUAUGGCCGGCAGACUGUCAGCUCAGCUUCUUCGGACCCACGAUUAUCCCAUGUCUGAAGUCACCGUUUGCCUCGACCCAGAUGUUCGCAGCCAUGGCUUUGGAAGGUUUCGCUACAGCUGCUCAGGAGUGCGGUCCACUGACGCCAACAGCUAUCGCCGAAUUGCGACCUCUGGUCGAAGACGAACGGCCAUCAGCCUAUACUGACCUGACGAACUACCUUCGCGUGGUGAGGGCUCAAUGCCAGCAGCUCCUGAACACGUUUGUGGAGAGCGGAGGCGUGUCAGGCAGCAAGCUUCCUACCAUCGCCGUCGUUUGCCAAGGCGAGCCGGAAGCUGGCAAGAACGCUUUCUCCUUGGCUGAUGCCGAAAGGAUUGUGAGCGCCGACUACGAACGCUUGCGGAAGAGCUUGUCUGCCAUAAACAGGAUCGCUGCCACAGAAGCUCUAACCACAGCGAAGCUUGAUGCUGAAGCCGCAAUUGCGGAAGCGAACGUGGCGAGGAAGCAAGCCGAUUUGCGCAUUCGAUCGACAGCGGCCAGCGCAUUGAUUGCCUUCCAGGACCUGCCGAAGAAGCCACAGAUGACUAUCAAGGGCAUCAUGGAUAGCAUUAAAGAGGAAGACAAUGCCGACCUUCAGAGACGCUCAGCUACUGCCAUUGCCAGCCUCGUUUCUCAACUUGUCGCGACGGAGCGGCACAAGGUUGUGGACAAAGUGGUUGGCAACCUCGUCAAAUUCUGCUGCAUGGAGACCAGUGAGACGCCGGAGUUCCUUCCGAAUGCGUCGAAGGAGGCUGGCAUUCUUUCUCUGCAGAAAGACGAGGAUAUCCAAGACAGGCCUGAUCCGGCGGCGUACGAACGGGAACUCAAGCAAGCGCGUAUUACUCGGCGUGGCGCUAAAGACGCGCUGGAGCAGCUCUGCAAGACGUUCGGUGCCCAAGUGUUUGACCGAGUGCCCAAACUGCGGGCAGUGAUCGAAGGUCCGAUACGCCAGUGCUUCUCGACCGAUGAACUGCCAGCGGACAUCUCAAAUCCUGACUGCCCGUUAGGCCAAGAAGUAGUGGACGCCAUGUCGACUCUCAGAGCGCUCAUUGCCACGCUUGACCCUGCAUUGCACGCAUGGGUGUUGAACUUGCUACCGUUGAUUGGGAAGGCAUUGCAGAGCAAACUGGCCGUCCUUCGCUACAUCGCGGCGAAGUGCUUUGCCAGUAUCUGCAGCGUGAUCACAGUGCAGGGAUUCACAAUGCUGGUGGAGCGGGCUAUACCACCCAUCAACAACGCGCAUGAAGUGGUGCACCGCCAAGGCGCCAUCGAGUGCAUCUACCACCUUAUCCAGGUCAUGGGCGACCAAAUUCUACCAUACGUCAUCCUUCUGUUGGUCCCGGUGCUUGGCCGCAUGAGCGACUCCGACAGUGGCGUGAGACUGCUCGCAACCACGGCCUUCGCGACACUAGUGAAGCUUGUCCCACUCGAAGCAGGCAUACCAGACCCACCCGGCUUGCCAGAAGCUCUUUUGAAGGGUCGUGAGCGCGAACGCAAGUUCAUCGCGCAGAUGCUGGACCCGAAGAAGGUUGAGCCGUUCCAGAUCCCCGUUGCAAUCAAGGCAGAAUUACGCUCCUACCAGCAAGAGGGCGUCAAUUGGCUCGCCUUCCUCAAUCGGUAUCAGCUGCACGGUGUGCUUUGCGACGAUAUGGGCCUUGGCAAGACUCUUCAGACACUGUGCAUGGUAGCGAGCGACCACCAUAACCGAGCGGAGAAGUAUGCGGAGGCGCAAUCACCGGACUUUCGUAGGAUGCCGUCGCUCAUUGUCUGUCCCCCGACUCUUACCGGCCAUUGGAAGCAAGAGAUACGGACGUAUGCGCCGUUUCUCAAUGCGGUUGCUUACGUCGGUCCUCCCGCUGAACGCAACAGAGUCCGUCAUCUUGUCGAUACUGCAGAUGUCGUCAUCACAUCGUACGAUAUAGCGAGAAACGACGUGGAGUUCCUCGUGGCGCAGAACUGGAAUUACUGCGUGCUGGACGAGGGACACUUGAUAAAGAACCCAAAGGCGAAGAUCACGAUGGCUGUCAAGCGCCUUGCCAGCAACCACCGGCUCAUUCUUUCCGGCACGCCAAUUCAGAAUAACGUGCUUGAAUUGUGGUCGCUGUUCGACUUCUUGAUGCCAGGCUUCUUGGGCACGGAGAAAGUCUUCCAGGACCGCUUCGCGAAGCCCAUCGCAGCGUCGAGGUUUGCUAAGUCGUCCUCGAAGGAACAGGAAGCCGGUGCCCUCGCAAUCGAGUCUCUCCACAAGCAGGUGCUGCCUUUCUUACUCCGCCGACUAAAGGAAGAAGUUUUGAACGACCUGCCCCCGAAGAUCCUGCAAAACUACUAUUGCGACCUUAGCGACUUGCAGAAGAGACUCUUUGAGGACUUCACCCGCAAGGAGUCCAAAUCAUUGCAGGAAAUGGCUGGUAGUGGCGACAAGGAAGCUAAACAGCACAUCUUCCAGGCCUUGCAGUACAUGCGCAAGCUGUGCAAUUCGCCUGCGAUGGUGAUGAAGGAGGGUCACAAGCAGUAUGCCGACGUCCAAGCAAUGCUGGCCAAGUCUGGCUCCAGUUUGAAGGACCCGAAGCAUGCGCCGAAGCUUACAGCCCUCCGUGAUUUGCUCGUCGAUUGCGGGAUUGGCGUCGAUGAUGCGGAUCCUACUAGUGUACCGUCUGCCGACCAGGCCGUCUCUCAGCAUCGGGCACUCAUAUUCUGUCAGAUGAAGGAGAUGCUGGAUAUGGUGGAGUCAACGGUCUUCAAGAAGAUGUUGCCUUCCGCCACGUUUGCUCGACUUGACGGCUCGAUCGAAGCAUCCAAGCGUCAAGACACCGUCAACCGCUUUAACUCCGACCCAUCGAUUGACUGUCUCCUGCUGACUACCAGCGUCGGUGGGCUUGGUCUCAAUUUGACAGGAGCCGAUACCGUCAUCUUCGUGGAGCAUGACUGGAACCCGCAAAAGGAUCUGCAAGCUAUGGACCGUGCCCACCGCAUUGGUCAGAAGAAGGUAGUUAACGUCUACCGCUUGAUCACUCGCGGCACGCUUGAGGAGAAGAUCCUGAGUCUGCAGCGCUUCAAGAUCGAUGUCGCUUCCACGGUAGUCAACCAGCAGAAUGCCGGCUUGGGCACGAUGGAAACCGAUCAGAUUCUGGAUCUAUUCAACCUGGGCGAGACGGAUCCGAAUCUUUCUCUUGGUGAAGGAGGUGACGCAAACAAGGUCGAUGAGUCCAACGCGGUCGAUGACGAAGGGAAUGUGAAAGAGAAGGGUAAGAAGGGCAUCCUUGACGAGCUCAGCGAGCUUUGGGACGACAAGCAGUAUGAGGAGGAGUUCAACCUCGAUGGGUUCUUGAAGACUAUGAAGGCAUAA